CCGUGUAAGCACAUAGCUGCGUGUGGUGAAGUUUAGUAUGCCUCAUAUAAUAACCGUGUUAUUGAACGGAGAGUAAAUUCCAGAAAUCCUCGCCUACUUCGCUAGAUUUAUUUUAUUUUAUUGGUGUUGGGGAUUAAAACUGUCACUUAACGUUCGCCUUUUUUGUUUUUCUUUAGUCCGCCUGCGCUCUUGGAUCUAUUUGGAGAUGUCUGAGUUUAACCACUCAAAUAUAUCAGGCGGAAACGCUCCGGACCCGGACUACAAGUGGACGUAUGAAUAUUACGACGAUGAUGAGCCUGUUUCGUUCGAGGGACUGAAAGCGCACCGAUAUUCCAUCGUGAUAGGCUUCUGGGUGGGCCUGGCUGUCUUUGUCAUCUUCAUGUUCUUUGUCCUGACGCUUCUCACCAAGACUGGAGCUCCACAUCCCGAAGGAGCUGAGCCCUGUAAGAAGCGUGUUCGUCUGACCAGCUGUGUGGAGGACCUCCGCUCCCCUGCAGACCCUGACAACCGGCCAUGCCUACAACUGGACUCCUCUCUCAGCCGCUCCCUCUUCCACUGCUACAUCAAUGAGGAACAGGCCCAGGGGGUGUCCAGGGCAGGAGCUGUGGGAGCACCCAGAGGAGGGCUGGUCCAGGGGCCGGGGCGAGGCAGGUCAGGCAGCCCAGAGGAGGGGGUAGUGGUGGGGAUGGAAGUAGGUGUCAGCCGUGCCCUGCAAGGGGCUGCCAUGUUGGGGGGGAACCGGACUGACCACAGUGAGGCAAUGUCCCUGUCCCAUUUCAACAUCCCUAACGUUGUGAACUCCGAGCACAGCUCCACCCUGGGGGCGGACGAUCUGCUGCUGGGGGAGCCGCCAAUCAUCAUGGAGGGGGAGUGUCAUCGGCCCCACAGCGCACAUCACGUGAUGGACUAAGGUCCCCUCUACUUCCUGGGGAACCACCAAUCAUCCUAGAUGAGGAGUGUCGCUCCCAUGGGGUCCAUCACACGAUUGACUGGGGGAACCACCAAUCAUCCUAGAGGGGGAGUGUCAUCGACCAUCUAGCGCCCUUCACAAGAUGGACUGUCCUGCCAAUCACACAAUAGACCAUGGUCCUGCUUACUUCUCACACCCACCUCCGUUAGGGCAUUAUAGCUAAUUAUGAGGACAUCACAGGACUCACCAGCCUUAUAUAGAGUUGUGUCAACCGAAUUCAUGGAGGUUCAAAUAAGUCCUAAUCUAACAUUCUGUUGUGCCAGUCAUGUACAGUGCAAGCUCUCCUAAUUAGGCUGUGGUUCCAGCUUCCCACACCACCUCCACUGUGUAACUGUACCUCCUGACAUUUUCAUUCUGUUCAGAUUUGGUUCAGGCUAAAAUACUAUACAGUCAAAAUAUAAACAUUUAAUGUAAAUUAACAAUAGGGUUAAAUAUACAUAUGUGAUAUGCGCUACUUUUAUAAUCUUUAUGUCAACAAGGUUGCCUACGCAGAGCCAGAAAGUGACGUCACAUCUCAACGCUAAACGGGAAGUCCAGCUUCAUCAAGUUGAUUAGAAUGUUUUUGUAUUUAAUUAUUUUUUUUUGCCUUUAACUAGGAAGUGAGUUAAGAAAAAUAUAUUAUUUACAAUGACAGCCUACCCCGGCCAAAUCCUCCCCUAACCCGGAACAAUGCUGGGCCAAUUGUGCGCCGCUCUAUGGGACCCCCAAUGACAGCCUGUUGUGAGACAUUCCGGGAUUGAACCGGGAACUGUAGUGAAGCCUCUAGUACUGCAAUGCAGUGCCUUAGACCACUGCGCCACUCGGUCCCCCCCGUAUAGUGGUGGAGGCCUUGCAGGAAUCAGAUAAAGGGAUGGCAACAACAGAAGAGGUAAGGAGAAUUUGAUACAACAACCAAAAUGCACCAGAAAGGCAAGACUCUUCUCUUGGGUUUUCAAUUCAACAGCAGUCUGAAUGUUGUCCUUGUUCAGUACUAAUUGUAGCACACCUGUUCCUCACUAUAAACUGUCAUAGACAUAACUUUUUAUAUACCAUGUGUUGCAUGUGUCAAUGCUUUACCUACAUGUCACAUCAGUCUCGUCUGCCAAGUCUAUAGAAGGUUGUGACUAAAUAAAACUAAACU